AGGAGCGUCUCCACCCGCAACUCCACCAUUUCUAAAUACACCUCACAACAGGCGAUCGCCCCUCCUCCCUUCUCUGCUACUAAACUAGUCCAAAGACCAUAACAAUGGCAGAACUCCUCUCCCCAUUUCAGAGCCAAGAGCAGAUACAACUUCGUACGCAAAAAUUCGAUAAAAUCAAACACUAAGACGAAAUUACUGAGGAAAACUAUGCUACGGUGAAAAGCUUUUUCAGUUUUGAAUUUUUCCGGCGUCGGUGAUAAUUCGAGAUAGUUUGGAGAUGGCGUUGGGCCGGAGCCGGGAGAAGAGCGGCCAAUCAUCGUUCCGCGGAUCGCGAAUCGCCGCCGCUAUUGUGAUCGGAGUAAUCGCCGGAUGCGUGUUCGCGUUUUUGUUCCCCCAUGGAUUCUUCUCAGCAAAUCCGUCUGCUCAAACGAAUUCCAACCUCGAGGUCGAUCCGGCAUCAUGCGAGUCCUCUGAAAAAAUCGAUCGGAUUAAGUCAGAUAUUAUGAAAUUAUCAGAUAAAAAUGUCGAAUUGAAAAGGCAAGUUAGGGAGUUGAAUGAAAAACUACGAUUAGCCGAGCAAGUAAAAGGCCAUGCAAGGGAGCAAGUUAUUACAUUGAGUGAACCCCACAAAGCCGGUCCUUUCGGUACCGUCAAGGGUUUAAGAACAAACCCAACUGUUCUCCCCGACGAAACUGUAAAUCCAAGGCUCGCAAAGAUCUUAUCCGAGGUUUCUGUCAGAAAAGAGCUCAUAGUUUGCAUUGCCAAUUCGAACGUAAAAUCCAUGCUAGAAGUUUGGUUCACAAACAUCAAGAAAGUGGGCAUUUCUAACUAUUUAGUGGUUGCAUUAGACGAUGCAAUUGUCGAUUUUUGCAAGUCAAAUAACGUCCCUGUCUACCAAAGGGACCCAGACGAAGGUAUCGACUCUAUCGGAAAAACGGGCGGCAAUCAUGCGGUUUCAGCUCUGAAAUUCAAAAUCUUGAGAGAGUUUCUUCAAUUAGGCUACAGCAUUCUUCUCUCCGACGUAGAUAUAGUAUUCUUGCAGAAUCCGUUCGAACACUUAUACAGAGACUCCGAUGUGGAAUCUAUGUCCGACGGUCAUAACAACAUGACUGCGUAUGGGUACAAUGAUGUUUUUGACGAGCCUGCAAUGGGGUGGGCCCGCUAUGCACACACAAUGAGAAUAUGGGUUUAUAAUUCUGGGUUUUUUUAUAUAAGACCUACUGUACCUUCGAUUGAGCUUUUGGAUCGGAUUGCUUACAGAGUUGGUACAGAGGCGAAUGCAUGGGAUCAAGCUGUUUUUAACGAGGAGUUGUUUUUUCCUUCUCAUCCGGGGUAUGUGGGGCUUUAUGCUUCAAAGAGGACUAUGGAUUUCUACAUGUUUAUGAAUAGUAAGGUGCUUUUUAAAACGGUUAGAAAAGAUGCGAAUUUGAGGAAACUUAAGCCGGUUAUUGUUCAUGUGAAUUACCACCCUGAUAAACUUCCGAGGAUGAAAGCAGUUGUUGAGUUUUACGUGGAUGGCAAGGAAGAUGCUCUGGAAUCUUUUCCUGAUGGGUCGGAGUGAGGGUAAAAUGGUCUUUUGUGUGCAAGUUUUAUUGCGGCAAGUUGUGUUCUUCGUGCUCGUUUUUGGGUACAAUCUUGGAACAACGUUUUCUACGGUACACUAGUUUUUUUGACAUUUUCUCUCUUUUGUUUUGUUUGUUAAUUGUCAGUUUAGUGUAGUUUUUGUCUGAACAUAUCAAUUCUGUUAUAACUCAAGUCUUGUUUUUACCUUCCUUAUAAUUAUGUUGUUUUCUGGGAUGGUUUAGUUGACUGCUUGACGAAAUCUACUUUGAAUUUACAUUUCCGGAGCUU